CAUACUAUAGUAUUACAUUUAUUUAAACGUGCUUAUAAACAAUAAAUAACUCUAUAUCAUGGAAAUUAGAAACAAUGAUCCCGGCGCCGUUCAAUAUGGCAACUUUUUCAACUAUUACCAAUUCAAUUCCGCCCCAGAACGUGUAAAACUCUUGCCGGAUAAAGAUAUAUGGUUACCUUCCACAGAUGAUAAGGAAUCACCAGGAAGUACUCCCUAUAUUGUCCUUGAUGUGGGCUGCAAUUGCGGGGUGUUUACCCAACUUCUGCACAAAUACUUGGAGGAACGUCUUCAGAGAUCUGUGAAAAUCCUAGGAGUAGAUAUAGACAAUCGUCUCAUACAGCGUGCUAUUGAGGAAAAUGAAUCCCCGGAUAAUAUAAACUACGCCUGCGUGGAUGUCCUAGAUGAUGGGGCCUUUGAAUCCCUGAGAACCUAUUUGAAGACCCACAAUCGCCAGAAGUUCGAUGCCAUUUGCUGCUACUCCAUUACCAUGUGGAUUCACCUAAAUCAUCACGAUCAGGGCCUGCAAUUGUUUCUGAAGAAGCUCUCCAAUCUGGCGGAACUUCUAGUGGUAGAACCACAACCUUGGAAAUGUUAUCAAAAAGCUGAGAAACGUCUGAAAAAAGCAGGAGAAGUCUUUCCCCUUUUCCUAGAACUCAAGUGGCGAUCUGAUGUGGAGCUGCAAAUAGAAAAGUAUCUGGAAGAUACACUCGACCGAAGGAAGACAUUCGAAUCUACUCCCACUAAAUGGCAGCGAAAGAUUUGCUUCUAUAGAUGAGGAUUUAAGGAGUUAAUACUAUGAUAACUGUAAAUAAA